GCAGCCAUUUUGUUUCGAUUUGUAACAUGUUUUUCAAUAAAAAUAAAAAUAAAUCUUGGACAUUAUAGAAGUAGUUGUGUGUAUAAAUUUGUCUCAAUACUCACUAGUCACUGUGUACAAUUUAGUAUACUUUUUACCCAAAUGAAAAAAUGAGUUCACGGCAUAGAGACCGAAGUCGCUCAAGAUCUCGAGACCGCAGCGACAGGCAUAAGGAAAGGGACAAGGGACGUGAGCGCGAUCGUGACCGGGAUAAGGACAGGGACAGGGAUCGGGAUCGGGAACGCAACCGGGACAGAGAUCGCGACCGCGACCGAGAUCGCUCGCAUCGCUCCAAGAGAGAUAAAGAAAGAGAACGCAGUCGUAGUCGUGAAAGGCACAAGGAAAAGAGAAGGAGUCGCUCACGCAGCAGAAGUCGGGGAAGAAAAUCUAAGGACAGGGAUGGUACAAUCGCCCUUCUGGACAAGAUGGUGGGCACCACCACCAAGGCGACGGCGCGCACCGUGGCAUCCACCACCACUAUCAACUCCGCCACACAGGCCGCCAUACUAGCAGCAGCAGCUGUUGCACAGACGUUCGUGGCGCAGCGGCGCAUGGCGGCGCCGGUGCAGCCCGCGGCGGCGGCGGCGGCCGCGCUGUCGGCCGCCACGGCCAUCCCGACGCCCACCAGCGUGCAGCAGAAGCUGGAGCUGAUGCAGGCGCGCACGGAGCUUCGCUACCGCGACAAGGUGCCCUACGACCAUCCCGACGACGACAAGGACGACGGCCAAGGCUCGCCAGGGCCGCCGGGCGAGACGGCGGCGGAGCGGCGCGCGCGGCGGCGGCGCACGCGCUGGAUGGGCUCCGAGCACGACAAGACCUUCAUCCCCGGCCUGCCCACCGUGCUGCCCUCCACGCUCACGCGCGAACAGGAGGAGCAGUACCUGCUGCAGCUGCAGAUCGAGGAGGUGAGCCGCAAGCUGCGCUCCGGAGACCUGGGCAUCCCCGCCAACGUGGAGGAAAGGUCGCCGUCACCUGAGCCGAUCUACUCGACGGACGGCAAACGGCUGAAUACGCGCGAGUACCGCACGAGACGCAAGCUGGAGGAAGAGAGACACCGCCUCGUGCAGAGAAUGCAACAGAUCAACCCCGACUUCAAACCUCCGCCCGAUUACAAGCCGCCCAUAAUUCGCGUGCACGACAAAGUGAUGAUCCCACAGGAAGAGCACCCCGACAUCAACUUUGUGGGGCUGCUCAUUGGACCACGCGGGAAUACGCUCAAAGCUAUGGAGAAAGAGACGGGCGCGAAGAUCAUAAUCCGCGGCAAGGGGUCGGUAAAGGAGGGCAAAGUGGGUCGCAAGGAUGGACAGCCCCUACCUGGGGAAGAUGAGCCGCUCCACGCGUACAUCACCGCCACCAACGCGGACUGCGUUAAGAAGGCAGUGGAAAAAAUAAAAGAGGUGAUCCGUCAAGGCGUGGAGGUGCCGGAGGGACAGAACGAUCUGCGUCGCAUGCAGCUCCGCGAGCUGGCGCAACUUAAUGGCACGCUGAGAGAGAGCGACGCACCGCGGUGCGCUAACUGCUCCGCGUUGGAUCACAAAACUUGGCUUUGUCCAGACAAGCCGAACGUGACCAACAGUAUAGUGUGCUCGUCGUGCGGUGGGGCCGGACACAUCGCGCGGGACUGUCGCGCCAAGCGACCCGGACACGCGCCGCCACGCGCGCAACAAGACAAGGCAAAGAUCGACGAGGAGUACAUGUCCCUGAUGGCGGAGCUGGGCGAGGCGCCGCCGCCGGGCCCGGGCAGCAUGGGCGGCGGCCUGCGUCGGCCUACGCACUCGCCCUUCGCGCCCGCGCCGCCGCCCCGCGCCAUCAUGGCCGCACCAGUGGGCGCGCCGCCGUCCAUGCCGCCGCCGGCGCCGUUCCCGCACAUGCCGCACCACGGCCCGCAUCACGGCCCGCCGCAUCCGCCGCCGCACGCGCCCUGGCUGGGAGGCGGUUCGGGAGCUAACGUGAGUGCGGCCCAGCCCCCGCCGCCCGGCAGCGCGCCGCCCUUCCCUCCGCCGCCGCCGCCGCACGGAGAUAAUUCAAUGGGCCCACCCAAUAACGGGCCCGGUCCGCACAUGCCGCCGCCACCACCUGGUAUGAUGGGCAUGGGCGGGGGCGGGCCGGGCGGCUGGCGCGGCUUCCCGCCGCCGUGGGCCGCGCCGCCCGCCGCCUUCCUCGCGCCGCCGCCGCCGCCGCCGCCCGUCUCCUCCUCCUAGCCAACAUCGACGCGCAAGCGAGCCUGCUACUAGAUGACGUCCACGACUUACUUUAUGACUAGAUGCUAAACGUUACCGUAUUUUUUGUCUAUGGAAUCAAUUCCACUGUCAAAAUAAAUCAACCAAAUACUUGGUCCAAGAUCCCAGGGCUGCCAGUAUUUACUUUUUUUUAUUUUAGAAACAAAAUGGAAUGUAGAAUAAAUAAAUACAUAAACAUUUACUGAAUUAACUUUUAUAAAUAAAUUUGAAAUUUCGACAGAUUUCUAAUGCUGCCUUUAUUUCUCAGUAUGACAUUAUUUCGUGGAAUAAAUUGUGUUUUUUGAAAAUAAAUUUAUCAAAAGGUACCUACGAUUGUAGAUCUUAACUUUAAAUUUAAAAAAUAAGAAACAUUAUUGGUACAUAAUAAUAAUAUGUAAUAGUGUUUUAUUUGUACAUCUUGAAAAAUCAAAUGAAACAAAUAUCAAUUUGCAUGCUAGUGCGUCCGCACAUAAACGAAUAUAUUUUUUUUUAAAUUUAAAAACAGCGUAUUUUUUGGAAGUGUCUAGACAACCACUAACGGUCGUUUAAUUAAAAAAAAUAUUCGUUCACAAGUGAAGAUAUUAGUUUUUUUUAAUCAAUGUGUGUAGCUAGUGAUACAUAGUAAAAAGAAAUAUCCUGCCGUAAUUUAGUAUAGUGCGUUUCAUCAGAUAGUACCUAUGGCGUUAUGUUGGCUCCCCUGUCUGUCCAAGUCAUUGCCACCAUAUUUGCAUAAGAAGG